UGGUUCAGAGACGGUGGUGAAAGAAGAGUUCUCGGAAAGAAGAGAGAUAGGAGGAAGUGAGAAGUGAGCCAAGUGGUCGGUAGUUCCACACUCAGCUCCGUCGGGUAGAACAACAGAGACCCUUCAGAGGAAACUAAGGAUGGUUCUGUGUGGCUUCGUGUUCCUUCUGGCAGCUGCUGUCAGUCAACAUGUGAACUAUCCAGCUCCAGUCUGUGCAGUCAGAGGAUCUUCUGUCAGCCUCCUCUGCACCUUCACACCACAGAAGUCCUUCCUGCAGGAUGGAGAUGUUUUAGUGGAGAUCACCAGAGUCCUUUGGUGCCAGAACCAUGAGAUCUGUCAUGGCACGACUCCGUCUGUGUACGACAGUGAAGAAAACAACAACAACAACAACCCUCGUUACAGAUACCUGGGAGACAAGAAGGGAAACUGUAGUCUACAGAUCACAGAUGUACGAAUGGAAGACUUCGCAACUCUUCGCUUCAGAAUGGAAGCUGAUGAACAAGGAGCGAGUUUUACUGGCCCACCAGGAGUGAGAGUCACCGUCGUUGAGGGAACUCAGAUGAAGAUCCGAAGCUCCAGUGACGGAGCGUUUAAAAGAGGUGGAGCAGUCACCCUGAACUGCACCACAACGUGCACCUUCCACCACCUGGAGGUCACCUGGUACAGAGAUGGCCACGCCCUCCACUUCACUGGCCCCGCCCUCCACCUCGGCACUCUGACUGCAAAGGAUUCUGGGAACUACACCUGUGGAUUGAAGAACAACGACCGCACUCUCUCCUCACCUCAUGUUCUGUUUGUGGAGGAGGAACAGGAAGAAGGGGAAGAACAGCAAGCAGGUGGUCAGGUGUCCCUGGUAGUCGGCGUGGUGUUUGGGGUCCUGCUGGCUCUGUGCUCUCUGGUUCUGGUCCUUUGCAUCAUCAGAAGUUACAGGAAGCGAGCAGCAGAUAAGAGUCAGUCAGCUGUGAGAGAGGAGGCGGGGCUAAAGAUAUUCACAGGUAUCUUCCUGUCUGUCUCUGACACCCAGGACGACAUUGGCUCCUCCCCCAAAAGGAUCAGAGCCAGGAGCCAGACCAGAUGGAGAACAGGCCCUAAUGUCAAUAACCCAUGUCAGUCACGUCCAGAAUGGAGGAGCUCAGCGACAGGAAGACGAGGACGACGUCAGCUACGCCCCCAUAAAGAUCAAAGCCAGGAGCCAGACCAGACCGGUGAUGGAGGAGGACGCCAUCAUCUACAGCUCCGUGGUUGGUCGAGCCUGAGGUCACGUGACCUCCGGGCCCACAGGACUGGUUCAGCUUCAGGCUCUGGAGUUGUGUCCCUACUUUCAUUAUAGCGGUUAUAACCAUGUUAUUAUCACAUUAUUACUUUUACACACACACACACAUACUCCUGGUAGUAGUACUAGUACCUCUGUGAAUACUGCAAGCGUAUAUAGUUCAGGCGAGUACUGAUGGUUCUCCAGCAUCACUGAGACUUCCUGGUUGGUCACAUGACCUCACGAGGCCCAAUGAGACUUCUCCAUUGACUUACAUUGAGAAAGAGACUUCUGCAAUUCAGCGGAGCUUCAACUUCCUCUAAUCCAUUUUAGAGUUAUUUCACUUCCUGUGUCAACGGGGCAGGGGGCGGGGCUAGUGAGCAUAAAUACCACCCAUUGACACCUUUAGUUCCUGUGUUGGUUCACACUGUUUACUUCUGUGUUUGUACUAAAGUCACUGAAGACUUAAUCACAACGUGUAUUAUUAGUAGUAUUUGUAUUAGUAGUAGGAGUAGACAUUAUGUUUUACCUUGCGUCUAUGUAGAGCACUUUGGAAACCUUGUUUUUAAAGGUGCUAUAUAAAUAAAUGUAUUAUUAUUAUUAUUAUUAUAGUAGUAGUAGUAGUAUUACUAAAGUCACUGAAGACUUAAUUAUAAUGUGUAUUGUUUUUAUUAUUAUUAUUAUUAUUAUUAUUAUUAUUAUUAUCUCUGUCAUUUUGUAAUGUAUUGAAUUACAUGC